AUGUUUUACGUGUUGCUUCUCAUGUCUUCCACAGCUGAGAACCAACCGCCGAAUAAUUCACUAACAGAACGUAAGGAGCAUCCAAAUCGAAUCAUCAAACAUCAUCGAACCGUCUCCUUACCAACUGGAUGUCCACUUUUUCAAGAGCCGUUGAAAAUAGUCCACGAAAGAACGCGGUCUGCGCCUUUGACAGGCGACGAGGUGGACCGCGCGUUCUUAGAGAAAGCCGCAUCGCAUUCGUCAUGUAAAACCGUUAAUGGAAUAGACGCUUUUGCGAAGAAGUCGCAAUGGCCGAGGCGAGCGAGUACGGGAACGAGAUUGUCAAAACUGUCACCAGCGCAUUCGAAGAAUGCGACCACGCUUCGCAACCGAUGUGACAGUAUGCCGUCACGUGCUAGUUCUUCGUUUGAGGUCGAGCGACCGCCACAGAGGCAUACGGACCUUAUUGAUGGUUUGGAAAUAUCUCGAGAUGACGUUGACUCAGUGGAAUGGCAUCGAACGCCACGCAUCCCUGAAGAACCGGAUUUUUGUGAACCUAUUAGGGAUUUGAUGAGCACGUCACUCCGCGGCAGCAUACAGCAUUCGCGGACAUCCUCAAUAGGGGUGGACGACUUAGCACUGGAGGCGACUCCAGUGCCCGAUGGUUACCUACCAAUGGCUCCGCGCCACGAAACCUUGGGCGGUCUGGUGUCGGCCAGCAGUGGGUCCGUUUGCAGCGGGACGCCGUCCACUGAUCCUCGGUUCAG